AGUUUAAAGGAGAGGAGUAAAAUGGCAAGUAAUCACAAGCCUCCUACAUCUCGUCCCACUUCAAGAGCAGGAAUGGGGUUGGGAGCCAGACCACCAUCAUCCUCAUUACGGCCUCCAUCUGCAGCUUUAUUGGGUAGUGGGAUCCCUCCAGGCACAGCAAGACCUGGUACACGUGGUGUACCUAUAGGUACUGGAAUGGUGUUCUCCUCACAGAUUAAAGUUGCAGACCGUCCAGUGACUCAGCAAGGGCUGAGUGGAAUGAAAACAGGGAUUAAAGGUUCACAGAGACAAGUUAUGGAUAAAUCAUAUUACCUUGGAGUGCUUAGAAGCAAAAUAAAUGAGCUUACCACUGAAAUUAACAAGCUUCAGAAAGAAAUCGACAUGCAUAACCAGGAGAACUCUGUCUACCUAUCAUAUGAAAAACAGGCAGAGUCUUUAGCUAGUGAGAUCAAAGAAUUUCAAGGACAGCUAGCAGACUACAACAUGCUGGUGGAUAAGCUCAACACCAAUACCGACAUGGAGGAAGUGAUGAGUGACUAUAACCUAUUGAAAGCACAAAAUGAUCGUGAAGCUCAGAGCAUAGACAUCAUUUUUACAGAAAGACAAGCCAAAGAAAAGUUAAUCCAAGCAGUAGAAGAUGACAUCCAGCAGGAAAAACAGGCAGCAGAAGACAUCAUCAAAAAUAUGACUGAAGAAAAUCAAGCUAAAUACAUGGAGAUGAAAGUGGCAAAUGAAAAUUUUUUGCAGGAAUUAUAUGCUUUACAGCAAGAGGUGGACACAGUGAAUAUAAAAGAACAAGGCCUGGAAGCUGAAAUAGCACACUCCCAGGUUAAGCAGGAGGCAUUGCAGCUAUAUGAAAAGCUUCAUCGUCUUGAAGAACAUCGGGAUCAGAUGAUUGCAGAGGACAAAAGUAUGGGAUCCCCCCAGGAGGAGAGAGAGAGGUUACUAAAACAGGUUAAAGAAGACAAUCAAGAAAUAGCAAGCAUGGAAAGACAGCUGACAGAUAUAAAAGAAAAGGUCAACCAUCUUAAUGAAGGAAUACGGCAGCUUGACAUGGAUCUAGAGGAGCAUCAAGGGGAGAAAAAUUUGAAAUACAAGGAGUUGAAGAAGAGGGAGGAAAGCAUGGAUAGCUUUCUUGAAUCUUUUGAAGACACAAGGAACCAGGAACUGGAACGGAAAGCACAGAUAGAAGCCAAUAUUGUGGCACUGUUAGAGCACUCCAGCAGGAAUAUAAAUUGUAUGAAGCAAAUAUCUUCCAUAACAAAUCAAGAGUUGAAGAUCAUGCAGGAAGACCUCACUUUCAAAUCCAGUGAAAUGCAGAAAUCGCAGAGUACUGCUAAAAACCUUAGUACAGAUAGUCAGCGUCUACAGAUGGACCUCCAGAAAAUGGACUUACUAGAAGGCAAGAUGAUUGAUGAACAGGUUACUCUCAAGGAAAAAAUUGAACAAAUGACCAAGGACUUGGAACUAUACAAUAAUUUGCCAGCUCUGAAGGCAUCAGGAGAAGAAAAGAAGAAGAAGCUGCAAGAAGAGAAAGGAACAUUAACCAAAUGCAAGGAUGCUUUCAAGAAAAUCAUGGAGCAUCUAAACACAGAAUAUGAAGGCCUGAAGGUGCAGCUGCAGGAAAAUGAAACACAUGCACAGCUUACAAAUUUGGAAAGGAAGUGGCAACACCAUGAGCAAAAUAACUUUGUGAUGAAAGAAUUUAUAGCUACAAAAAGCCAGGAAAGUGAUUAUCGGCCCAUAAUGAAGAAUGUGACUAAGCAGAUUGCAGAGUAUAAUAAAACUCUCAUCGAAUCUUUACAGAAUACCAGGACCUGAAACCAGGCAAUUCCUUCAUAUGUCAG